AUGUCUCGUCGCGCGGGCUCUCGGCUCCAAAGCGCCUUACUGCUGCCGUGCAAAUUCAGGGAUGAAGUGUUGUUCCCGUUGCCAUUAGAAACAGACGCGGGUCUGGCUGGCACUGACGGGGACGAAGGCGACCGCUUGUUAGAGAAGGUUAUGGCUUGGUACCGCGACAAGGGGGAUGAUGUUGUCUGGACUGAGGAAUUCCUACGAGGCGAGUUUUGGGAAUUCCUCUUUUCCCUUUUUGUUUUGUACACGCUAACAUGUUCUAUGGGUUCAGUCAUUGUCGUGCUUUGCAACAAGCGAAACCACGACUUAUUCCUUGAACGGGGCAGGCAGCUUAAAGUCAUUCCCUUGGUCGUCGGCACUGGUGGAAAUGCAGAAGCAGCACCAGGCCCGCAUGUCCUGCAUUGUGUAUCGGGCGAACUGUUCCCUGUACGAAGGCUGUUCGAGGACUGCAAUGACUGCUUUGUUCGAGGUGUGAUCUCGAGCGGUAGAGAUGAUGGAAGUGAUGGCGAGGAGACUUUUCGCUGGGUCCCCGGAACGAAUGACGUCAUUGACAUUGCUGGCCUAGAGACCGGCUGUGGCAGUGCAGACUACAGGAAGUUCCAGGCCCCAAGAACCAGAUCUGUAGCGUGCGUAGAGCGCCUCUUGCGCGCCGGAGCAGUCAUGGUGGGCAAGAUGCGCUGCUGUCAAUGGUGUGACGGCCAGGAUCCCCUGGAGCGAUACGAGGAGCCAACGCCCGUGAACCCUCGAGGAGACGGCUGGCAAAAGCCAUCUGGGUCGAGCUCUGGGUCCGCGGCAGGUGCCGCGAGCUACCCCUGGUUUGACUUCACAGUCGGGACAGACACUGGCGGGUCUAUCCGACAUCCGGCUGCAGUCAAUGGGGUGUACGGCAUCCGGCCAUCUCGAGGGAGCGUAGACAGCGCGGGGCUUGUUUGUUCCACAUGGACGGACACGACGGGCGUGUUUGCUCGAUCGGCCAAGAUCGCCAGAGACGCCAUGAUGGUGAUGACGGAUCCCUUGUGGCUCGAACAAAAUGCGUACGGCACCCGUGACUCUGGCAAGCCACCGACCAAGUUCAAUCUAUUAUACGCCGUCAACUCGCCUUAUCCUCAGCAAUCUGACAACAAGACGCCAAAGUUCUUCUCUGCAGGCGGCACGGGAGCCGAAGCCAGCACCCCGGCGGGGAAACAGCUCGAGGCCUUUGUGCGUGCCCUGGAGGAGCACCUGGGCUGCAAACGACGAGAAGUCUGCCUCGCCGAGCUCUGGCAGCACACCCGCCCUCCUGAAGCAGCAUCAUCAUCAUCCGCCGCCGACCUGACUGGAUGGACAGAAAAGAUUUACCAAAACGUCGUGUACCACGAUCUCGCCAAGAACACCGUCGAGCCAUUCGUCCAGCGUUUCAAGCAAUCCAACGCGAGGCUCGACUACGGCAACGACCUGCCCGAAGCAGAUUACCAAGAGUCUGUGCGCAAACUGCGAGUGUUUGGCGACUGGGUGAACCAUCAUCUCCUGCCCAUACCUUCUUCUUUAUCUUCUUCUUUUUCUUCCACUACUCGUCAACAACCACAGAUAACCAAGGAGGACAAGUCGCCAGUCACGCUCCUCGUCUAUCCUCAGAGCUGGGGCGUCCCGUGCUACCGAGACGAGGUGGUCCGGCGAGUACCAGGCGGCGACGACAACAAGAACAACAAGAACAACAUAUUCUGGAGCGGGUUCUCCACCUACGGACUCAGCUACUGCUCCGGGUGUCCGGACUUUACGCUGCCCGUGGGCGAGGUCGAGUUUCGCUCAAAGGUCACAGACACGGUGGAGAAGUUGCCGGUAGCGAUAUCCCUGCUCGGCCCGGGGGGCUGUGACAAGAUCAUGCUGGGCCUGAUUGCGCAGCUGGAGGACGAGGGGAAGCUGAGGGCGGUCAACACCGGACCGAACUUGUUUCCAGAGUAAAUCAGUCACGGAGUUUGGGAGGAGACAUGGCAAAAUGAGAUAUGCCAACAGUGAAAGCGUGUAACAAAGAUACAUCAACGUUGAAUGGUAGCUCAAGUGGG